GCAUCAUUCCAUCCCAAAUAUAAAUGCUUAUAAUGCCUAGGCCUAGCUAGUAGCCACUCAAUAAAGACUAGGCUAGGCCAUACUGUCACAGACAGCUAGCUUUCUGCGGUCGUCGAACGUAUUCUGUAGCAGCUAGGCCUUGACUUAAUAAAGUCAAGAUGACAGGCCGUGAUAUGAGAAAGUUUUUAUCCAAUCAUAGAAUUGGCAGACAAGAGAUUGCAAGAGAAGAUGAAACCGAUAAACUUGUGGUACGAAUGAAAGAAGGUCUUGGAAGCAGUAAAUAUUCCCAAGUAGAUUAUGAAAAACUUAAAGCCUACACCCUUGACAAAAAGGUCUCAGGAAACCGGAUGCUACUAAAGAUGCAGAAAUUAUCUUCAUUUUCAAAAGCUAAUCGUGAGAAUAAUCUACUAAAGCAGCAUCGGGCUGCAUGGCUAAAAGAAUGUACUCGACUUGAGACUUUGCGUAAAAGGGCCGACAGUGACUGUGAAGUAUUCAUCGACGGUGGCACAUUGGAAAACUCAUCAAUAACAAUGUUUAUGUUUGAUGUGGAAGAUUAUUUGGAAGUACUUGAAAAAGAGUUAAAAGAAUUCAAGUCAGCAACGCUUGAACCUGUUUGGAAUUUGAGAGACGAUUUACAAGCCUGGAUGUCGCAGAAUGAAAUUGAUUUGAAGAACCCAAGUCAAAAUCUAGUGGCUCAGCAUAAAAAUAUAUGCUCAGUAAUCAAUAGUGUAAAAUUACAAGAAAAGGACAUCCUUGACAAACUGAUGUAUGAACAGCUUUGCAUUGAAGCUGAACUGAAAAGAUCAGACUUGCAAGAUGUAACAGCACCCUCUACCAAGAUGGUAGUAGAGGGUAUUCCUGUUGAAGCAGAGUUUUUAGAAUGUCCGGACGAUACAUUGCGGAGUCAAGUUUUAGAGCAAUUCUUAGUUUUAGAUGAGUAUUACAAACAAAAGUUAAAAGAUCUGGACUCCACACAUAUACAUGUUAUAAAAAGUCCAAUGGAUGGAUGGGAAGAAGAUGACCAUUUUGUUUUCCAGGCUACUGUUGACCGCUACCCACCUAAUUCUCCAAAUCGAAGGGUGUUGUAUUUAGACAUGUUGAAGAGAUUUCUUCCGCAUAAAACAAGAGCAGAGCUUGUGGCUCAUGAGGAAUGGAUUAUUGGUUACCGCUUUUAUAACGAGACGCGCAAAGUGUUGGUUAAGUGUUGGGCAAGAGAUAAACAGGAGUUAUUCAACCGUGCAGCAUCUACUUUUGCCGAUGCCUGUCUAGCAAAAGAGUUGGAACACAUCAAGGCAAUUGACCGACAAAAUCAGAAACAGAUAUGCCAGCAACUUGGACAUAAGCUCCAAAUUUGGCACGAGCAAAAACAAGAGGCAUUGAAGCUUGAGGCUGAAAUCUUUGCCAGACAACAAGAAAAAUUGCAUAAAAAACAAAUGAAAGAACUUGAAAAAGAACAACAACGAAGAGCCACUCAAAAACAACAGAUUGAUGAGUUUCAUGAAAAAUUGGCAAAAGCCCAGGAAAAGCAGAGAGAGGAGGAUGAAAAACGACUUGCUAGCUUACGGGAACAAAUGGCAGAGCAGGCAGUUCAUGAUCAACAAAGGGUUGAGUUUCGUGAGAAUCUCAUGAGGGAUCGAGAAAAGAUGAAAGAAGAAGAACGGAAACUUCAAAUCGAGGAAGAAUUAAAAAGAGAACAGCGUUUGGAUGCCCUGCGCCAACAGGUUAAAGUUGAUGUAGACUAUGACCCUGUGAGAAUGAUGCAAGAUACAGUGUCAUCAAAUGCAAAGAAGGGGAUUGGAGUUGAAGAGGACAUCAACAUCCAGAGGCCUCUCUUUGAUCUAGUCAGCUUUACCUCAGAGACUGUGCAAGCAGACCCAAGGCUACGAAUGGAGGAGGCCCUCAGGAAGGCUGGACUUCAUGAGAACCCGUACGCUAGGAAAAUGCUAGCCACUAUUAAACCAGUCAAACCACCAAGACGAGACAUGCAGUCGGAUGGUAUGAAAAAUGUCAUGAACACUGAAUUAUGAUCACACUGUACAUCAGAAAGGGCUUGACUGGUUCAUGUUCUUAUAGAGCACACACCGAGAAUUUUGUUUAUUAGUCUGAACAACAUUUGAUCAGCAUUGGUCCGAUAAUGUAUGUUUGUUUUCAGACAUAUCUGAUGAAACAUAUCAUGCAUAUUACCUAUGUCUGUUGAAAAUAUAUUCCAAUUCCCUGUCGAGACUAUCCAACUUUAACAAAUGUGGCAUGCCUAUUGUGACUAUAUAUGGGCAUACAACAGUUGUUUGUCAAAGAAAAUUUGAUAGUUUAGUUGAGCCUGGCUUUAUUAUAUUGUAUGUACUGUCAGUGCAUGUCAGAUCCAUGGUUUUCAAAUUAUACUCGGACCAGUAUUAUGUGUUAACAUCCUAUGCCUAACCCUAGUAUCUUAUAUAUAAUACAUUUAUGACAUUUAUAAAAAAUUAUGGUAGACUUGCUUUUAUAACCCCACGAGCAUUUGUAGAUCAUAUUACAUUUUCUAUUGGGUCUUAUGUCUUUGAAUGAGUCCCUUUUUUGUCAUACUUGAGUUAAAACUUUUACUGAGGUAUCUAGAUGAGAUAUGCUGCAACACACCCACUGAAAAGUGUGAGCAGCUCAAGAUAUACACCAUUUUAUCGGGUGUAGUUUGAAACAGCGCUGCCAGUGUCUGAAGAUUCGCAACUUUUCACUGGGAGACAUCCAGAAGAGCAGCAGUAACAAAACCAAAAACACUGCAGGAUAUAUGCACCCCUAUUUUCUUUUUUUUUGUGGCAUUUUGUUUUCAAAGACUAGGCUUUGUUGACUACAAGAAGAAAGAAAGCUGUGCACCAGCCACAGAUAAAUAUUGGCAACUAAGCAAAAUGCCUCUGGAUGUCCCCUGGUUUUAGUUGCCAGGAAAUUUUCAUUUCAAAUUUGGUGAAAAUAGUGUAUACUGUAUCAUUUGAACAGGUCUGUCUACACUAUCAAAGGUAAUGCAACAAAUUUGUGUGAUGUGUAUGGGCAUAAUGAUGUCAUGUAAUUUUACUUAAGUAUAGACAUAUUACAUUAUACUAUGUCACUAUAUACUAUAUGAUUUCAUAGUGGGGACACAUCUUAAUAAUGAAGUUGGCUCACAAAAAUUAUGACAUGAACGUAUGUAAUUAUUGUGUAAAAAACAAUCCUUAAUUGUUCUUCCAAGAAGAUGAUGAAGGGUCUACUUUUGCAAUGUAAUAUUUUUACCUGGUGCAAUGUAUUAAAUAUUAAUGUGUAAUUAGAAAUGAUAGACACAUUUAGAAAUAACAAAUUUAAUGACCAUUCUAACACAUGAUUUAAUGUGUAAAGCAGCUUGUAAAUUUAUUAGAAAACAGUUUGUUUACAAAGCCUACUAAAAACAAAUUCUGUCCACAUUUACAAAACAAAACAUUUCUACAGCUUAAAAAUAUCAUUCUAUAUUGUACAGCCUCUAGAUAUGGUAAAUAAGUUAUGUGGACAUCCAAAAGUAAUAAAUAUAAAUUUAAAAUACAUUAUUACCACUUUAUUUUAAAGAUACUGACAGGAAAAAUAUUGAAUAAAUUUGAAAUGUCUUAAUAUGUAUUGUUCUACUCACUAAUUACAAGUUCUAUCUUUCUCAUUAAUAAUUUAAAUACUACAGUAUUUCCUAAAAUUACAAUAGCGAUAACAUUUGGCAAUAUAUAUUUUUUUAAAGUUAAUCAUGGCUCUCUCAAAUAUUGCAUUGGCAUAACAAUGAACAUGUAUAAAAGGUAUAUGCAGCCAAUCAAAGGAAGAAGUGCUGUGGAUGUUUUAUUCCAACAUGCAUUUAAUAUGCGAGGUCUAACCACAAAUGAUUCUCAUGGUUGGGAAAUAAAAAAAUUGAAUCUAUAGCAUAUUUGGGUGGAUAGCAUUAUAAUCUUUAAUGUUAUUUUUGAAUAGCUUUCCUAAAAUAGAUAUAUCCAGAGGUGUGAGCUUUUGAGAAAAUCAGCCUUUAAGAAACAAGGAAUAAACAAUAGGACAGGAAGCACUCAAAUUUGUGCAAAGUACUCAAAAAAUAUAUACUACUGUAUUAGUAUCAUAAAAUCAAUUAUCAAAGUAUUCAUUUCAUGGUCAAACCCUUACAUAUAUCUGGGCUAAAAUUUUAUAACAUCACAUCAUGAGAGAACCACUCUAAUGGAAUUAGUAUAUGUGGAAAUAUUUACAUGUUUUAAUAUUAUUCAGCACCGAUUUAGUAUCAAACUACAUAUGCGUACAAAAAUAUGAAAAGCAAGUUGACAGGUGGGAUGUGUGAGCACAGCGAGUACAGUUUACAACGCUCAGUUGUGAUGGUUGAGGGAAGCAGACGUCAUUAUGAAUCAUCAACCUAUCGGAAGGCAGAAUUUAAGAUCAACAAACAAUUAAAAAAAACAUCACUUUUUACCAAAUAAUCCUCAAAUCAUUUUUCUGGAAAUUAAAACUUAAAUGAAUUAAACAAACAUCAGAAUUUAUAAAUGUAUUGAUAUACAAGACAAUUACUUAUAGGAGUAUAUACAGUAUUUUCAAGAAAUUGAGCCAUAAUGGAGAUGAACUUAUACCCGAUUCACACAAGAAAAAAAACUUUACACAUAUGCUACAGAACAUUAGUAUGUGUCUUCUGCUAAAUUGCGUCUGUGUAAAUGCAUAAGAUCUUAACUGCCUGCGUAUCAAAUAUGCUAUUGACUUUUACCAAGGUUUUAAUUCACUUGUAUGAAGACCAAAGUGUUUCGGUAGGAAUCAUAUGUAACAUUUUGUUGUGUGUAAAUCGGGUCAAAGUUGAUUGGCUAAAGUUAAUGGUUAUGCUAGCCUGUUCACAGUUUCAGCAUAGAGAAUUCAUAAUGCAGUUCAAAAUUUUAAACUUUCAAAAGAGCUAGGAAGUAAUUUUUAGGAGAGACCCUGAAUAAUAAUGAGGUAGUGAGUGAAAUUAGAGAAUUGUUAAAGGAGGAUUGAUUAUAAUUACAGAGGAAAUCUGAUAUUAAAUGAUGGGUGUACUGCACUGGCAAGGUAGACCUACUAUAUAAUAAUAGCACCAAGUUUUGGACAGUUUAUUUUUAUUAAGUAAAAGUGAAGCAUCAUAAUCAUCAUCCUAUAAUGUGCAUAAACCUUGUAUGAGUAUAUUCACACUGCAUGGUGGUUAAUUAUGUUCACUUGAGAAAAUUAUCAGAUGUGAAUACAGAUACCCUGUCCUUGAAUGUGUUGAUAGAUGGUGAAUCAACAACAUAUUCAUUUGUCCUAGUUAAGAAAUUUUGCUUAUAGCACCUUGGGGGAGGGGGGCACAGCACCUGCAAUGCAACUCCUGGUUUUAACACAAAAAGGCAAUUCCUGGUGUUUUUCAAAAUGUGUACGCUUUGUUCUUUAAUAUGCAUGUGAACCAUGUUGUACACAACAUGAGCAAUGGCUUAUACCGGUGUGUUGCUUUUCCAAAAGACAUUAAACUAUAAUCUAUAUUUAAGAGGAUGAUGCAAUAAGCAGUACAAGGAAGAACCCCGGAGAAAGUGUGCAACAGACGCAGUGCAUCGCUGAUAGUGAAUUGAGCAGUAUUAACAAAUGGAUUUCUUUGCACUUUUCCAAAGAGUGCUUAAACUUCAUUUUUGAAUGAGAGUGAGUGGACUACAACUGUAAUUUUACUGAGAGAGAAUCUGAAUAUGAUAGAUUAGAACCAGGGAUACAAUUCCCUUAAAGUCAAAGCAUGCAUACCCAUAGUUAACACUAGUAUUAACCGACUACGCUAUAUACUGUACUGCCAUCAUUACCACUGAAGCAUAAUUAUAUAAUUAUUAUAUAGUAUCUGUGUUAUCAUAAAUGGUAGUUUUGGAGUAGCAAGUAAAAUAGCAAUUAGGUACUAGUAUAACAAUAAAAAGUAUAUAUAGUCAAGUGGUAGCAACCUAGAAAUUAAUGGACAACAAGUAGGCCUAUUUGGCAACAAUGUAAACUAUAUUGACAAUUGUAUACAUUAUGGGACAAGUGACUGGUGGGGCAAGUGACUAGUGGGGAACCUAGAUGCUAGUAGACCAUCUAGGUGGUGAGCAAAAAGGUGUUGAAUAAGUAUAGGUGUUGGUAGGGCAAGUAAGUUUUGGUGAGGCAAUUAUUUACUAGUGGGCCAACUAUUAGUUGGUUAGGCAGCUAAGAUGGCUGCUAGGAUUACCUGUCUUGGCAGCUGCCAAAGUAGCUGGAAUAAAAGAGUAAAAGUUUUAUGUUUAUCGGUAGAACUAAUUAGGCCAUGAAAUGCAGUAUAUUGGUAUCCCAAGGAACAUAUGUAAGUAGGGGUGUAUUUCAAUAUUUGACACCAUUUUAAUACUGUGAAAAUAACAUAAUUUUUUUUAAAAAGAGUUAAAACUGGAAAAGACACAUAUUAAUAUAGUUCUUGACUGGAUAAGAUAAAUAAAAUAAACCUUUAACAAUUACACUUACUAUAAUACCAUGCAUAUCAAUUUACACACAUACAGUUUCUACAAAUUUAAUUAGAGCAAAUAGAUUUUAAUACUUGUUUAUGGCCAGCCAUCUUAAAAUUAGCAAUUCUAUUGUGUACAUUUUUAAAGUUAAAGCAAAGAAUAUAGAACUACAAGAGGUCUCUCGGGACAAAUCCUAUCUCUAGAAGUACUACCAUAAACUAGAGGGCAUCCUUCAAAAUAACAUAAAAGGCGUGCGUAUCAAACGUAUGCUGCAUGUUAUAGAAUGCAUGUUCGAACUCUACUCUAAUAGGACGCCCUCUAUCUUGUUUUUUGUUUCAUUGCGUGCAUGCAAAAUCAGGCAGUCAGACUCCUUGCAAUUCUAUGCUCUUUGGUUAAAGCAUGCAAUGUAAUCAUGAUCUGCAUAAUACAGUAAUAAAAUUAUUGGUCCAUUGGUUAUCAAAAUAUAUACCACAUCACUAAAAUUAAUUCAAUUCUAAUACAAAUUCAGUACAAAAUAAUACAGUAUAUGUAAACACAAUUUUAAAAACACAUGUAAACAUAACAUAUACAAAAUAACAUUUAUCAAACCGUUCAAUGCAAAAUUUGCCUAAAUAUUCUUAGAAUUCAUUUAAAUAAGGACAGGUAAAAAAAAGGAUUUUUCUUUAUUUGGCCUUAUUAUUAACUAUUCCCACAUGUUAGCCAACAUUGUCAAUUGGUGAGCAAUAUAAUAUAUACAUCAACACAUUAUUUUAAAAUGCAUGGUUUUAUAUUAUUUAAAUAUUAACAAGCAAAACAGACCUAUAAACAAUGACAUAAACAAUCACAUAAACAGUAGUAUAUUUACUAAAAUAAA